UUUUUUCAGUUUUCUGUGACAACCUGCCAAACAAAACAGCGGAGCAGAAGAUGGAAUUUACCAAAAUAUGGAUGCUAGAAUAGAGCCCCAGAAACUGGGUAUCCGUGCACAGCCUCCUGCACUUAUCCUCAUUUAUCGUAGUGCUGACGGGAGGGAGAGACAGCGCACAAUGCCAAUCAGGUUUUUGAACAAAUAUGGAACUGUGGAGAAGGUUUUAAAGGAGCUGAAGGAAAGACAUAAAGAACAUUUGGAAAAGGUUCCAGAUCUGAGAAUGGAAAAGAUGUUGAGGAUUUUGCAGGAAUCCCAGAAGGGUCGAAGCAUAGAUGAAGCAGUGUCUAAUAUAAGUAAAGACUAUGAUCUCGAUCCAAAUCAGGACCUGAAUAAGUUGAAUGAUGAACAGCUGAACAGAAAGAAGAAGAUAAUGGACAACACUUUUCAGAAGAAUCAGUUGAAGCCAGGUGAUCCAGGCUAUGAAUAUGACAAGCAAGUAGAUUUUGACACUGCAGAGAAGGUAGAAGCUGGCUGGGAUUCUUCCGAAGAGGACUUUUGGUCUUAGUAUAAGCAUGUAAGUUUUUGUAGACAAGGAAUUGGAAGAAAACGUGAAGUUGAAGUUGGCUAUUGUUAUGUAUAAAAGGGUGAUAUUUAGCACAUAAAUCAUUCGCUUGCUAUGCGUGGAAGUUAUCAUGCACCAAAACAUUGUGCUCUCUUGCUAAUGAUGUAAAUCAGUAAGUAAUCUUCACUCUAGUUUAUGUGAUCAGAGUCAGUGAAAGAUUGUCAUAUAAUGGUCUGCCUGUGUAUUACACAAAAAGAAAGUGCUGAAGCCAUGGGAGUAGCAGCCACGUAGAUAACUGCACACAAUUUCUUAUUUUGUAUGAAUAAGAUAAGUGAAGAUGAGAGAAAAUCCUUCUUUUAUCCCAUAAUAAAACCACAUUCAUAAGUGAAAAUGAGAGAAAAUCCUUCUUUUAUCCCAUAAUAAAACC